UGCUUAGUAAUUAGUAACAACGGAUAAAAUAGCCAUUAUUUCCGUCCUGCAGUGCGCGUUGAUAGCCUAGACAUGAGCGACAUUCAUCGUGAGUUAUUCAAGAGAUGCUACCGAUUCAGUUGUUAGCUCUAACCAACCUCAACGCAGUAUCGCAUCGCCAGAACGCCGAACCUCAGCUCAGGAGUGACCAGCCACGCUGCGUUUGCAGCUUUGACCAAGCGUUCGGCCUCGGAAACAACAGUAGCGUGAGUGCGGCAGGAUUUGUGAAUACUGAUAAAGAUUUGAGUUGCUGUAACCGAAAGCUGUUUCACUUGGCCAAGAUGGAUAAAGUGUUUAUAUUUCUUCUUAUGGCAGGGCUGGGACUUACGGAUUGCUCGCCAAUACAAGGACGGGAGCGAGCCUCGGGUGGACGCCUAGAUGAAGAAGAGCUGAAAAAGUAUGACGUCUUUCCUUCGUCAUGUGGGGUUCCGAGUUUGCCAAUAACAAAGGCGUCACGUGCCUUCCCUGUGCCACGUCGGUUCCGUCGAGUGGUCGGAGGAGAUGAGGCCAAGGCGGGGCAGUUCCCCUGGCAAAUAGCACUACUUUUCAAGCGCCAGCAAUAUUGCGGCGGGGCGUUAGUCCACGAGAGAUGGGUGGUUACCGGUGCACAUUGCUUCAACCCUUAUACGUCCGAAGACCCAAGAGAUUGGAAUGUGACGUUAGGGGAAUAUAACUUGGCUGUUAAUGAAUCGUUUGAGCAGCGUCGUGGAGUUAAAAGCAUCACCGUACAUGAACACUACAAGUCCAUGUGGUUUGAAGGAAUCACCGACACUCCGCCAAUGUUUGAUAUAGCUCUAAUUGAGCUGGAUCGGCCCGUCGUGUUCAACUUCCACGUUCAGCCUAUCUGCAUCAUGCGUCCAAACAUCUCCUUCAAAUGGAACACCGCGUGCUUCAUCUCGGGGUGGGGCCACACUAGAUGGAACGGCUCCCAGCCCAACGUGCUCAACUUCGUGAUGGUCCCCCUCGUGUCUCAUGCUACAUGCAAUAAGCCGCUGUCUUAUAACGGUACGAUUCACGAGACGGCUCUUUGUGCCGGCUACGAGAGGGGCUUAAAGGACUCGUGUGAGUUCGACAGUGGCGGGCCACUUGCCUGUCAAAAAGGUGGACGAUAUUACGCAGUGGGACUCGUUUCCUGGGGCGAUGAAUGCGCGAGGGCGCACAAGUUCGGUGUUUACUCGCGUAUGGCCAAGCUCACGCCUUGGAUGGUAAGUAAAAUCGCCGAGAAGGAGAUGGCCACCAAGAAGGCUGUAAGAAAGGGCUAGCCACAGCCAAACACAUCAAGAAUUAUUCAGAAAGUUAUUAUGUACCCCUAAAUAGUUCAUCACCAAGAUCAACGAAAAUACUGAUUGAAAAUCUUAACGGUCGUUAAUAUCACUGCACGGCCACCCAAGAUAUUUCUUCAACGUUCAAACUACUUUUACGUCAAUCAAAUGUGUUGACUUGCAACCGACUCUUACGCAAGUAGUUUUUUUUUUUGGUAUUUUUUACGUAUUUUUUGCUAGCAUAGAGUCGACAUUUUGAUUCCAACAAAGCAUUCUCUAUUCUAGACAAAAUAAAGGAUGAACAUGUGUAGGACGUCAACACUUAACGGAAGAGCACUUGGAAGCUGAUUCAGACAGCACAAUUUAGUCGUAUGCGACCUGCCUACGACAUGUCUUAGCCCUGAAUUACAUAACUGCGACUUUUGUAGUCGAACAUCUUAGCGGAGUCGUAAGCUGAUUUACACUCUACGACUCGAGUUGUAGAGGUGUUGCGGGCCAUUCGCGUACGACUAAAUCGCGCUGUCUUAUUCAGCCUUAAGUCUUAACGGUUCGCUGUGAGUGCGGCGAAGCACAUGGAGUUUAUCUUAUAAUAGCCCCGUGCAUUAGACACGCGCAAAAUUGGACCAUUUGUAUAAAUAGUCGCCAAAUUAUCAGAGACGAGGGUGUCUAAAAUAACUCAAAUUGUCUAUAUAUACAAAUCUGUUUCGUAGACCUACGUUGCCGUAAGUCCACUCCUCCAUAUAUGACAGAAUCCCACUAAUCCCUCGCUCAUAUAUAGACCAAUACAUCGAAACAAUUUUAUAUUAGCAUUGAACAAUAAUGACUUUAUAUUAACUUGGAAUAUUUUUUAUACAUGUGUAAAUUCAAACAAA